AUGAUGGGGGUGAGAGUGGCCACUGUCAAGGCUCUGAUGAUACUGGUUGCAGUGUUUAUUAUCUGCGCCAGCGGCGGCCUGGUUCUGUCGCCGACGGCCGCGGAGGAGGUGCCCCUGGUGCCGGCGGUGUACGUGUUCGGCGACUCUACCAUGGACGUGGGCAACAACAUGUACCUGGGGAACUUUCCGCUGCCGUAUCCCCCGUUUCCCUACGGCAUCGAUUUCACGGGUCCCGGACCCAACGGAAGGUUCAGCAAUGGAUACAACAUGGCCGACUCCAUAUCGAAGCUGUUGGGUUUCGAUAUGAGCCCGCCGCCUUUCCUGUCAUUGACGCCGGAGACAAGUGGUGAGAUCCUGAAAGGCUUGGGCGGGGUCAACUACGCUUCCGGUGGAUCCGGCAUUCUCGACACCACCCAUAAUGCCUCCCUCCCGUUGAGCAAGCAGGUAGAGUACUUCGCGGACACCAAGGCAAACAUGACAGAGGAAAGCGGCGGUAAUGGCACCGACAUCGAUGCGCUGCUGUCCAAGUCGCUCUUCCUCAUUAGCGACGGCGGCAACGAUAUGCUUGUGUUCUACGUGAAUAAUCCGCUGGGCGAUGCUCAGCCCUUCUACGACGACCUUGUGUCCAACUACACCAAGUAUGUCAAGACGUUGUAUGGGCUCGGGGCGCGGCGUUUUGGUGUCAUCGACGUGCCGCCCAUCGGCUGCGUGCCGGUGCUGCGGGCGAAACUCUUACCAUGGGGCGAGAACAACUGCUUAUUGCUCGCAAACCACCUCGCUGGGGGCUUCAACGAGAAGUUGAGCGGCGCCAUGGCGGAGCUCGCCGCGUCGCUGCCCGGGAUGAAGUACUCUGUGGGGAGCUCCUACAAGCUGGUGCUAAACUUCACGGGGCCGCCGGAGGCCGCCGGGUUCAAUAAUGUGAACAGCGCGUGCUGCGGCGGCGGGAAUCUCGGAGGGCAGGCCAUCUGCAGCUCCCCCAAUACCACCUACUGCGACAACCGCGACGACCAUCUGUUCUGGGACGGGUUGCACUGCACCCAGGCAGCCUCCAACAAGGGCGCCAAAGCCAUCUAUGACGCGCCGCUGGAGGAAGGAUUCGCCGCACCCAUCAAUUUCAAGCAGCUGCUUCUUGGUGAUCAACCCACAAGCGUCAGCCAUUAA